GGCAGCCACUUAGCUCGUCUUACCGAGGACGCCAAAUGAAGUCUAUUCAGCUCUGCUAGCGGGACAAGCUGACUUACUUUGCGAGAAAGACUUACAGCAGCCGUCACUCCAUAAAUGUGCACCGCCCGCCCGCCUGCACAGCGCACAGAGACGCACACCCUGGCUCCUUUACGCACGACGCAACUCCAGCUUUGCCUGCUUUUAAACUUUCCUCAGCGGUUGUUUUCAUGAAGAGCGAGAAGCCUUCGCAUAGGAAUUAAAGAGGGACUACUUUUAUUGAUUUUUUUUUUUUCUGAAAAUAUCGAGGAUGCCUCGUCCGGGGAGAAACACGUACAGCGACCAGAAGCCUCCGUACUCCUACAUCUCCCUCACUGCCAUGGCGAUCCAGAGCUGCCCGGAGAAGAUGCUGCCUCUCAGUGAAAUUUACAAGUUCAUCAUGGAUAGAUUCCCAUACUACAGAGAAAACACUCAAAGGUGGCAGAACUCCCUGCGCCACAAUUUGUCCUUCAACGACUGUUUCAUUAAAAUCCCGCGGCGCCCCGAUCAGCCAGGUAAGGGCAGCUUCUGGGCUCUGCAUCCUAACUGCGGGGACAUGUUUGAGAAUGGAAGUUUCCUGAGACGCCGAAAAAGGUUCAAAGUGUUAACUUCGUCCGAUCAUUUGGCCCCCAGUAAGCAGUCGGAUGCUGCACAUUACCUCCAGCAGCAAGCCAAGCUGAGGCUGAGCGCCCUGGCAGCCACCGGCACGCACCUGCCCCAGAUGUCAACGUACAACCUCGGAGUGACUCAGACGUCAACUUUCAAGCACCCGUUCGCCAUCGAGAACAUCAUCGCGAGAGAGUACAAAGUCCCAGGCAGCCUGGCCUUCUCCACCAUGCAGUCCAUGUCUGCCGGGUACCCGCUGCACAACCAGCUGACCACAGCAUGGCCCCACAUGUACAACACCAGCGUGAUUGACACAGCCGCUCCGAUCUCCAUGGCGAGCAGCGACUACAGCGCGUACGGCAUGCCCAUCAAGUCCCUGUGCCACGGCGGACAGUCCUUACCCGCCAUCCCGGUGCCCAUCAAACCCACCCCGACCUCCAUGGCGGGCUUCUCGGCGUUACCUCCACACAUUCCCGCGUUUCUAUCAAACUCUCCACAGUCUCUGAGCCCGACGUCCCCACAGACAGCGACCAGCCAAAGCAGCCCAGCGACCCCGAGCGAGACUCUGACGAGCCCGUCCACACUGCAGUCUGUGGCCGUGCACUGACCACAUGAACUGAUAUUAAAGAAGAACUGCUGGCUGGCUCCCAGGCCCUCUUUAUCGAUCCCAAAGUUUAUAUUUUCUGUCGUCGGAAACUAUCAAGGCGAGUUGCAGUUGCAUAUCGAUUUAUUUGUGUAUGUGUUGAAUGUGUCGCUUUAAAAAAAAAAUCGUGUCAUAGAAAUCCAGCACAGAAUCGCACAGCGAGUAUUGCUCUUGAAAAAAAUAAAUUAUUUGAUAGUUCUAUUUUUCCGUUUUUGUGACAUGUGAGUGUUGGGAGUGGAGCCACAGAGGAAGUUUGUUUUGGCACCAUCCAUCCACUCUGUUUGGCACAUUUUUGUCUUUCAGUUUGAUCCAAUUUUUUGCACCGUUUCUGUGUGACCACUGUAAUGUCAAUGAAUACUGGAAUCAUGGAGGAGGGAAUACCAAAUAGGAAUAGGAUUACAUUUGUUCUUACAUCCCUGUAAAAUAAAGAAUAAGAGAGCAGACUGAAAUCUUUUCUACUUGGAAAAAUAAUGUGAGGCGUCCUCGAGAUGCAAGAUGUGAAUAUUUGCAAAUAACUGAUACUGAAAUGUUGUAAAACGCACUUUUUAGUUUUAUGUUUUAGAUAUCUAUUUUCCAGAAAAUGUUCUGUGAAGCAUUUAAUUUAAAGGCUGUGGUGACCAUGUGUAUCAAAUGAUGUAAAUUUGUACUCUUUUUUUAGGCAAAAGCAUGCAUUUAAAACGAUUUGUGCUGUUAUUGUUGCUG